CUUAUAUACUACUAAUUGAGCUCAUUCAUUGUUGGGUUAGGAAAAGUACAUGGUUCCCGAUCAAGGGAAAAAAUGGGUUUUCGAAUCUAUAAAUGCAAGUUGGCGUGGUCAUAAAUGUAGGGUAAAGCAAAAGCACUACUAUGCACAUGAAACUGAUGAGAAAAGGUGGGAAAAUCGUCCAAAAACAGUUUCCGAUUCCCAAUUUAAAGAUCUUUUGGAAUACUGGAAUUGUUCACUAAUCGAGAAAGAAGCAAAAAUUAAUAAAGGCAAUCGUGGAUCACUAGAUGAUAUGCAUACUAUGGGUCCGAAGUCAUACGCAAUGUUACGUCAUAAGUUGCAACAAGAGGAUCCGGAUAAGCAAGAGCCUUCACAAGAAAAGGUCUACAAAGAAUCGAGGAAAAGAAAUCCUGAAAAGACAUACCUCACCAACAACGAAAAAAGUAUAUCCAAUAUUGCCAAGAUGGAUGCUUUACAAAGUGUUGAACAUGGAGAAGAUGGUAACACUAAGGAUAAUUACUCUAAAGUCAUACAAGAUCCUGUACGCAAAAAUCGUGUACGCCUUUAUGGAAGAGGAGUUUUUACAAAGUAUGGAGACUCAAUUGGUGCAAAAGCUAGCACCGAGCGUGGCAUCUGCAUUCUUUCUCAAAUUCAAGCCGCUAAUCCAGGAGUAGAGCUUGUGAUUCCUGAUUUUUCAAUGGUACAAUACCAAGGGAUGCAUCUAGAGAUCAACAUCCAACUAGUGACACCAAUGAGCAAGCUUCUAAUGGCCCUCAAUUGUUAG